UUCUUUUUUCUUCUCACAAAUUCCCCCUUUCCACUCUAAUGGUUCUUCAUUUAAUAACCGUUGAUUAGCCCGAUCGACGAUUUGGCCUGGAUUUCUAAUGUUUUGUUAAAUAAGUUAGGAUAUGCUGAGACAAGUUUAUGUUUCAUUCUCCGUCACGACAAAAUACGUGCACGACAAAAUACGUAAAUUUAAUAAAUUAAUAAAAAAACAAAAUGGAAUACCUCUGAUUGGAUAAAAUUAAACGGAACCCACCUCAAACAUCCAUCUAGCUAACCUAUUUUCCCAUCUAAUUUCAACCAACAACCCAACUUACUGAAUGCAGCAACAAACAGAGGAAGUUGGGUUGUUGGUCAGUAGAGGAGCUACUUGAUGUCGAUCUCGACGCUGUGGCCUGCCUCUAUCCCUUCGUCGUUGAUGGGUAUCGAUCGGUGGAAUAGAGACCACCCACUUUUCUUGAAUAGACGAAGCAAGCACGAAAUCGAAGAAGCCAAGAGAAGAAUCAAAAUCUGGGUAUCUGGGUUCGUCGAAGGGAGGCUGGAGUUGCUCUUGCAAUGCAGACUGGAGCGAAGGCUGGAGGGUAACAACGAAGACGGCGACGACGGUGAAAGCGACGGCGACAUUGCGAGUGAUUUCAGCGAGCAGAUGCGGGAGCCAAGGGGAGUAGUCCAUGAGGAAACUAUGAGGGUCGAUUGUCGAGGCAUCGAUGGAAUAUGGAUUUCGCUUCGACUGGGCACAACAGAAAGGACUUCCGAAGAAGGAGACUCCGAGAAGGUGUAUUGAUAUCGGGUUCUUAUCGGGUUCUUAUCGGGUUUUCGGUAUAACGAACCGAACCCGUUACCCACACACGUUCAGGUUGCAACCGAAAAACCGAACUAAAAAACACUAGGUAUCAGGUCGGUUUCGGGUUAACCAGAAAAAUCAAACCCGUUUAGCCAACCCUAUAUGUGUAUAAAUAGAGAAAACCGAGAACACAUAAUAUAUGUUGAAUGAUGAUGAAUAAGAACUAGUUUCAUUAGCUUUCAAUCUUUCUUUUCCCUUUCCUUUGUGGGAUUUUUCCAGAAAUAGCACCUUUAAAAAAAAAAUUACAAAAAUAGCACCCAUGUAAAAAAAAAUUCCACUAAUAGCACCCUUUUUAAUAGAACGCACCUUGUAGAUGCGUUUUACAUAUAAAUCGCACCCUACAAGUGCGUUCCAAAACUAGAUCGCACCCUAAAAGUGCGUUCCAAAAAUCUGGAAUCAAAUCGCACUUUAGCCAAGCGAUUUUUGGUCUGACCUAUUAAAAUCGCAUGGCCGAAAUGCGAUUUAGGUCUGACCUACUAAAAUCGCAUGGCCGAGGUGCGAUUUAGAGCCAGACCUAGUAAAAUCGCAUGACUGGG